AGCCAAAGACCUCUAGAUCUGUUCGCCGCGACACCUCUGGCCGAUGGCGUCUUCCGAAGUGUCCAGCGACUGGGAGCUCGCUGCAGGGUUGGCGCUGCCGCAGCAGAAGGUGGCGCUGCCGCGGGCCAAUGACUUCCGGCGCUUCGCGGAGCUGCAGCUGAUGCUGCGGGCCAGCGUGACCUGCAUGCUGGAGUUCACGAAGCGGGACUUCCAGGCCAUCCGAGAGGUGGCCCCAGAGUUCCAAACGACCUGCGAGGAGCUCCAGUCUACGUCCAAGCCAUUGCUGGACCUGAGCGCCUACGCGCAUGGUAUGGAGUCGCUGGUCCAGCGGAUCAAGGCCAAGGAGAAGCUGCGGAUCAUUUUCAUCGGCCCGCUGAAAGCUGGGAAGAGCACGUUGAUCAACAUGCUCCUCACGGCUCAUUUGCCGGAGCUGGAGAUGUUGGUUCCGGUGGACAAUAAGGCGGCCACCAACUGCAUCUGGAAGGUGGAGAGCACCUCGGGCAGCUGCGCGGAGGUGUUCCUCAAUGAGCAGCUGCAGCGGCGAUGGCCUCUGGAGGGCCUGGACCCACACGUGGUGCGCAGGGACCUGGCGGAGUACCUGGAGGAGCACUUCGCCCGAGACGCGAGGCCCUUCAACCGGGGGGAGAUCUGCAUCCUUCUGCCGCUGGAGUUGUUGGAUCCCUUCGGGUGCCACUACAGCCUGGUAGACACCCCGGGCUUCACCGAGAGCGCGGAGUAUCAGUCCUUGGUCGCCAAGUUCUUGGAGGAUCACUCCCACAUCGCGUGCAUGGUGUGCCCGCUCACCGAAGGCACAGCCCUGCCGAAGGAUACGCAGAGGAUGAUGAAGCUCAACUCCUACAGCAAGACAUUCUGGGUUUUGUCACGCUUUGACCUGGCUUUGGGCAUGAACCCCUCCAAGAAGCAGCAGAAGGUCACCAAGAGGCAGGCGGCGGAUAGCCUGGUCACCAAGUUCCAGCGGGACAUCUUGGGGCACAGCAGCGGCGGCCGGAUCUUCCGGCACGCCGGCGGAUUGCUGAUGGACCCCGAGGAUGAUCAAAACCAGGUCUUGCAGAAGUACUUGCCGCUUCAGGAGGCCCAGGGAUGGCUCAAGGAGAUCCGACACCACGUGAAGCAGAUCUUCCUCGAGCUGCAGCAGGAGCAGACGGUGCUGAGCAGCCAGGCCCAGCGCGCCCUGGUGCGCACGGCGGAGCUCACGGACGAGUACACCAAGCGCCUGAACACCUCCCCAGGAACGGUCGCCGCCAGCGACUACUACGCGCAAGAGAUGCAAGCCGCAGCCGAUGAGGCAGCCGAGCACUUGGAGCGGGAGAUCAAGCAGGAGAUUGACACCGUGCGCGAUCAGCAGCUACAAGAGCUCUGCAAACAAGCAGGUGACCAGGUCCGGGAGGAGGGCGGCUCCGCGCGCUGGGUGCGGCACGUCUACAUGAAGAGCCUCCUAGCGGCGCUGGUGCCCAAGAUCGAGAGGGAGCUGCAUGUCCGGCUGGAGGAGUGCAUGCAGCGUGCCCAGGAGCGGAUUUUGCUGGUGGCGCUGCGGCUGCUGCAGGAGGCCGGCCUGGAGCGGUCCGGGUCCGCGGAGUGCGUGAGCCGCAGCGAGAUCAUGUGCCCAGGGACGGACCACUUGCGCGCCAACUACCCCGUGGAGAGCGCGGCGAUGCUCACCUUCACGGCGCUCACCGUGGGCCGUCUUGCGGCCACCGAGGGCGGCUUGGCGGCCCUGGGCGCGGCGGGCUUCACCUUCACCUCGCUGCAGCUGGCGGGGCUGGUGGGGGUGGCCAUCGGCGGCAUCUGGGCGCUGGGGCUGUCCAUGAAGUACGCCCUGGAGCUGCACCCUUUGUGGACCUACGGCACUGCAGAAGAGGAGGUGGUCCAGGAGAUCCGGCGCACCAACCACUGGAGCAUCCUUUCCCAGGUGGCUUUUGCCCGGGGCAAGAACCAUCUCUUGUCCAACGCCGCUCGGUUUCGCUACAAGUUCAGCGAGCUGCUGCUGACGCGGGGCGCUUCCAUGGACGCCCUGCACAGCCUCUUCCCGGAUCUGCCGCUGCUGGAGCGGAUCCGCCAAAAGCUCUCGGACUGCUGCAAGGACAUCCAAGACUUCACAGACGCAGAGCCUUUGAAGGACAAGGCCGUGAUGGACCGCAUGGACUGCGUGGCAUUUGCAGACGCCAAAGACUGGAGGCAAGUGGUGAGCCGCACCGAGCCGUACGUGGCUGAGAACGCGCGCACAGACGUGGUGGACGGCGCGGUGCUGGCCAACUUGUUGGCCCUGCGCACAGAGGCCUUGGUGAAGAGCGACCGUUUGCGAGACGCCAAGCACAGCGUGGAGGUGUUCCGAAAGCUCUUCCCGGCGCUGGUGCUGCCCUUGGCCUACGAGGUGGCGGUGCAAGUUCUGCUCGAGUUCCUGGAGGGCACCAAGGAGGAGCGCACGCAGACGCGGGUGCGCUUCUGCAACGCGGAGCUGAGAUCUGCGGAGGGAGAGGUGCCGGAGUUGGUGGAGGUCUGGUACUUCGGGGUGGCGGCAUCCUUUCUGGACGACCAGCUCCAGGAAGAGGCCUGGAAGAGGCUCCUGGAGGCGGUGGGGCGCUUCAUGCGCCUGCGCUUGGCCCAGGUGCCCUGCUGGGACCGGAUCGUCUCGCGGCACAUGUCGCUGGCGAGCGAGAUUUGUGGCGAUGAAGCCGCCAUGAAGAACCAGGAGGAGAUGAAGAGGGUCUUCGAGGAAGAGUGCCGAAGCUUCGUGGAAGGCAUGACUCUAGCGGUGCAGAACCUGCUGGACGCGCUAUCCCCACAGCAGCUGGAUAUGAAGACGUUGGCACAGCCCAUCCUGAAGCACGUGGUUGCCACCGCGCAGUCCAUGCUGGAUCCAGACCUGUGUCAGAGCCUUCUGGCUCGGCUGCCGCCAAAGGGCCUGGAGAAGGAGUGGGAGGAGGUCUUUCUGCAGGUCCUGCCCUCCGAGUGAGCCUUAGGAACCAGGGCUUUGUGGGAUCACUUUCUGUGAUACUUUUGGGAAUCCC